UAAUAUUGCUCUCUCUGUCUGCCUCUCUCUCAGCCUAUAUAAUCACCGAAACAUUUUCACCAUUUCAUCUUACACUCACAGGGUGUCCGAGUGUGUGCGGGAGUCAAUUGAUUGAAGCCAUGGUUUCCUUCCAAACGCCCCUAUCUCCUGAUCCAACCAGGCCUAUUGUCUCCGAGUUUGAGAAUUUAUCCAAGAAGAGGAAGUGGGAAAAGACUGGGACUGAAGAGGUUUUCAAGUUGCAGUCCAAGGCGAAAAGCACAAAAUCCAUCUUCGAUAUUGAGCUACAACUUGAGACUCCAUUACCUUUGGAGUGGCAAAGAUGCCUUGAUAUUCAGUCAGGGCAGAUACACUUCUACAACACGAGAACCCAUAAGAGAACAUCCAGGGAUCCAAGGGCAAGUCCAGAGCCGCCGAGUCCUGGCCCCAUGAGCUUGGAACUGGAGCUCAACUUACCUUGCGACUCACUAAGGAGGAACCGCCCUGAUGACAAUAUGGGAAAGUGGAAUUCAGGCAGUCCCUCCCACAAUUCAAAGGAAUCCUUACAGAAGAAGAAUCCAGGGGGGGUAGCAUGCUCUCCAUCGUGGUUGGCAUUCGAAGGGGAUAACCAAGAGAUGGUUGCAGCUGUGUGCAAGCGGUGUCACAUGCUGGUAAUGCUGUGCAAGUCCUCACCGACAUGUCCAAACUGCAAAUUCAUGCACCCACCAGACCAAACCCCUCCCAACCUUUUCAAGCGAAGGUUUAGCCUCUUGUGUUAGUUUUUUUACGUAGGACGAGAUCCACUGUCGAACCCUUGAAGCGACACAAGCCAAAUAUCUUAGACUAGAAUCCUAAUUUGGUUCAUCUUUAAUCAAUUGCUACCUUCACUUGAGAUAGAGAAACCAAAAUUAUGUUAUAAUAUUGUAAAUAUACAAGUAAGUUUUCUUUCUUUGAACUUAAUUUUGGUUGUGUAAGGAGGUCAUUGUGGGUGCAGGAGAGGGGAGAUGGGAGAUGGGAUAUCAAUUCCACCUUUAUUUGUAUGUGUUUCAUACUCUAUUGACGCAAUCUCAGUUGGGUUUCUCCAUGUCA